GAAAAAAAUCGACUGAAGCACACAAUGCAGUUUCACUGUGGGGUUUAUCCACCCAGGAUUCACGGACUGCCAGCUUUUCAGAUUAAAACGAACCGUAUAUGUACCUGAUUUUGACGAUCGGAUUUCAGUCUAGCGCUUUAAGAAUCCCUCUAGAGACCGUCUUCGAGAGAGCAGUUCAUCUACACCGCGGCUAAAAGAGGGAAAUAAAUUCAGCUUCGCCCGACUGAGUGGAUUAGACAGAGGGCCGCGGGCGGAAGGAGGUGCCCUUCCCGGCCUACUCUACAGGGCUCGGCCGGCGCUCCUGCAGCUGAAACUCGAGCUCGGGGCCUCGGGGCCUGCGGCGGCUCUGAUGGUCUGAUGGAGAAACGAAACGGGCAGCAGCCAGAAGAGAGCGAUCCGAUACAUCGGCCACUUUGGAGCGGUGGGUACGAUCGGAAUAACGCUACUCUACUUAAUGCUUAUACAGCACAAACAAGCGAGGGUGAUUUUUGUGUGUGAGAGAGCGGCAUCUGCUGAACAAUCCGAGCAAGUGGAAGCGUUUUUUGGCUCAGACGAAUUCACCUUUCUCUCUUCUGCUCGUCAAAGGCUCGCUAGCUUUGGCUAGCUAACCAAAGAUGAGACGGACAAUGUCUUGACACGAAGACAGUAACGCAGAAGGGAAUAUCCUAAAUAUAUAGAACCUUUUUUUUAUGGCGAGAGUCUCACAGAUGGACAGGCAUGACUCUCAUAAGACAGCAGUGUGCUGACACCAUGCAGUCUACAACUGGUACAAAGCUAUAAGCAAGAAUAUUAACUCUGCUUUAAACUGGGAUACCUACAUCGGUUAAGGAGGUUUUUGGGUGUGUUCGGCUAAAGUAAGGUUCCCCCACGGGCCGAGGUGUCAGUGCCUUGCGUGUGUGGACUUGCAGUACUUUUUGACAUGGACGGUCCGAGUCGAAGCGGAGGGUUAAGACAGAGCCGUCGCUCCCGUUCUCAGCGUGACAGAGAGCGGCGGCGAAGGAGAGCAGACCUCGGGCCCUCGUCACCUUCCUCGGCCUCGGAUCAGGAGCUUUGCAGAGGAGACUCCCUCCUCGGUGCUAGUGGUGGAGAAUGUCGGCCUGUCUUUCCUGGUGCCAGACACCGGCCUCCGCGUCGGAGGAAGCGAGAAUCGGUGUCCUGCGAGGAAGACAUCAUCGAUGGAUUUGCUAUAGCCAGCUUCAUAAGCUUGGAGGCCCUGGAGAUGGACUGUUCUCUGAAGCCACCAGAGCGACCUGGAGCGCUGAUGGGGAGAGUGAACAAAAGGAAGAGAGGUGUGGAUGAGAAUGGCGGGCCUCUCUCAGAGCCUGAGGAAGGAGCUCCAGCUACGUACACCACCAGCAGCUGGGAGAAACGCAGGAAUGAGAAAAGGAAGAGAGAGGCUAAGGUCUCGGGAAAUCUCAUGGAGACAGGAUACAUUUGUGACACGGAGAGUGAGUCAGGAGAUAAGGCCUCUGACAAUGAUAUGGAGCCUACGUUCAUCGUUAGCACUAGAGAAGUGGUAUCCAACCCAGUGAGCAUGGCUUCUUCUGUGAGCAACGGCUGCACCCUGUUGCCUUCAAACAGUGGGCCGCCCCGUCUGUCGGUGACGCCCCGAGUGUCUGGCUUGGAGCGAAGUCAGGAGAGGAGUCUGGAGCUGCCUUAUCCUGAAGCCAACUCUACCUCGUCCUCUCUUCCCGGCCUUUUGCCCCGCUCCCCUGCCUCUGUUGUGACCCCGCCGUCUGAACAGCACAAUGGAAAUGCUGGACCACACCAACGCAGUCCCCCACGACAAAAGCCCUUUCUCCCCUUUCCUAGUCGGACACAAACAGUCUUCAGUAAUGGGAACAGGAGUGGUACCUCAGUUAAGCCUCCGUCUUCAUCCGCCUCUUCGUCAUCAAUCCGACCUCCCACACCCUCCACAAGUGUGCCUGCUGGCCGAGGCCCUUCUGGGACAGGAGUGCUCCGCCCCUCUUCUCGGCCCAGUCCUGGCGCUCUCUUCACCCCUUCUCCUGGCCUUCCUCCACCUCCUCCUCUCCUGCAGUCCCCUCGCUCUGCGACAGAUCAAGACUUGUACCGGCAAGACCUGAACACGCACUUCCUGCCCGCCCAGAGUGCAGACCGUGAGAAUAGAGCUUCAGGGAGCAGUACAGGAGUCAAUUCAAGCUCAGGGUCAGGGAGACCCUCUGCCUCCACCUCCAGCUCCAGCACCUCCAGUAGGACUUCACAGGCGCAGGCCUCCAUCCCUGCUAUGUACCAGUUCCAUCACCACAACCAUCAGCACCAACACACCCACACCCACCAACACUUUCUACAUCCACCUGCUGCAGCACCCCCUAUGUUUGAGAAAUAUCCGGGCAAGAUAGACGGUCUUUUUCGACACCCAUUUUUCUCUCAGUACCCACCACCUGUGCCUGGAAUUCAGCCUGUACUCCCCCCAACUGGACCACUUAGUUCCCUACAAGGAGCUUUUCAGCCCAAGCUUCUUGCCCUCCAGGGACCUGCCCCAGAGAUGACUGCUCGUCUAGGAGUAGUACCUCCCCACCUGCAACCUAAAGACCCAAGGAUCUCCGAUCCAUUUGCACCAUCAUUAAAAGUCAGUAAUAAGCCUGGCAAGUGGUGUGCUAUGCAUGUGCGCGUGGCCUGGAUGAUUUUGAGGCAUCAGGAGAAAGUUAAGUUGAUGCAGGCAGAUCCUCAAAAGCUGGACUUCCGUAAUGACCUGUUGCCACGUCUCCCUGGGCCUGGUGGCAUAGGAGGAAUAGGGGGUCUUGGGCCACUUGGGGGUUCUCUGCCUCCAACUCAUGAACUUGCCAGACCAGGCAGCCUCUUUGCAGCUUCUGGUGGAGUCAAUCCAUCCUCCACUCCAUUCAUCUCUCCAUCAACGCCCCACUCUUCUUUCCUCACCCCAGCAACACACCUGGAUCCAUAUGGCCGCUCCCCACCCUUCCCACCCCUGGGAGCCCUGGGCUCUGGUGCCUUCGGAGGACUUGGUAGCCCCUCACUGACUGCUAGUUCUGUUUUUGGCCAUAAGGCAGAAUCUUCUGCAAGUGCAGUAGGAGGAUUGGGUAACCCGCAUGAACCAUGGAAUCGCCUGCAUGUUGCCCCUCCGUCUUUCCCCUCAGGGCCCUCUUGGGCCAAAGGACUAGAGAAAAGGGAUGAGAGAGAUAGAGGGAAAGACAUGGAGAGAAGAGAGCUGACUCACAUAAAAGAUGAAAAGGACAGAGACAACCUAAUGUAUGGUCGUCCACCUGUGCGAAUGUCUCCCAGUGCCCCAUCCCUCAAGCACCGCAGCAGCACCCCCAGUUCCCACAUGAAUGGCCUGGGCCCCCUGAGUGGAGGUGCUGGACAGUCAGAUGGACAAAGCAGAGAACGGGAACGGGAGCGGGAUCGUGAAAGGGAACGUGAAAGGGAAAGAGAGCCAGACAAGAGACACCAUUCAGUUUCAGCCUCCAGGGCACAAGCAUCGACUUCCUCAGCACCAGACAGACCUCGUUCGUCCACAUCGUCUGUUCUUGCGACCCCUCCUCCAAAUGCCCCCUCAGCACCCUCCCCUCUGGACCUAUUUCCCAGACAAGCACAUGCUCUGAACUCCGAGCCCUCCCAUCCAUCCCAAAGGGAGAGCAGCGGUCCAGCCUCUUCCUCCUCCUCUGUUAGUUCUCUUCCAGUCAAGAAGCCAGAUCGGACAACCACUCCAGUUUCUAAGCCGCCCACUGGUCUCCCUCCUGGGCUGCCUCAUCCCCCAGUGAAGGUGAAAGAGGAGAGAAAAGAAGAGCCUGAACAAGUGCCCAUCUCUCUACAACACCCACCCAUAUCUAAUAGCUUUGAGCGGCCCAACAGUCGCCAUACUCACCACCCUUCAACCCCUUCUUCAACCCUCUCAUUGACUCCCACAGCUGGAGUGCCUCUUCCCCCCCCUACCCCGCACCCUACCCACCACCCUACACACCACCCUACCCACCACCCUACCCACCACCCUGCCCACCAUCAUCUCUCUCUCUUGGAUCGCACUCGUAUCGAGGCUUUAAUAGGUGGAGUUGGCAGCUCGGCCGGACUGGUUGUAGGAGCUCCUGGGGAUCGAUUUUCAGUCCAUCCACAUACACCACCCCAAGGCCACUCUCAGCCUCCUCACAGCUUCCCCUGGGAUACUUGGAGGGAUCUUGCCGCCCAACAGCAGCAGCGUAGAGAGAGCGUCUUGGCUCUGCAGCCGGAUCCCCAUCUCGCACUGCGCUCUGACCCACACUUCUCCCGCCUGUUUCAGCAUCCGCACGCACGAUUCCUAGAGGCAGAGAGAGCAGCAGCAGUAGCGGCAGCAGUGGCAGCUGGCCCACAUCAUCCACCAGCACCUACCUCCACUUCUUCUGCUUCAUCCUCAGCGGCCCGACCAGAAUUUGGACUGAUGUCUCAUCCUUUUGACCGCCCACCUCAGGUUGGUGCUCCUGGUGGUGGGUUGCUGGAUGAGGAGCAGCGUGCCCAGAUCCUGCGAGAGGACUUUGAGAGGGUGCGCUACUUUGGGAUGCAUCCACACCUUGCUCCGCCUCAUUUGCCCAGCCCAUCUGCAGCCCACCUAGAGCAGCUGCAUGCAGGUUUACUGUCUCACCCUCAGCUCCAUCCUGCUGGAGCUUCCGCACCUUCACCGCAUCACCCAAUCUAUUCUCGCUUGGCCCCCUUGCAUCCACAUAUUCCAAAUGGAAUUCUCGCUAAGACGCCCAGUCUAGUAGGGCCCUUAUCAGUUGGUGCACCCCCUCCGCUCAUUCCGUCUGCGACUAGGCCCUCCACUCCGCCUCGUAGUUCCAGACUUGGUGGGGCCGGAGAUUUGGCCCUGUUCAGCACACACAAGGACGGCGAGUCCAGAUAGUACUAGGUGAGACUGAUGCAGUUAAGGAAUUUACUGCUCUUGAACUGCUCUUCCUACUAAUGGAAGGACAUGCAGGAGCCCAACCUGCUGAAGCUAAAAUGAUCGUACAUGAGUGUUCUGAUGACCCGAGUGGAGGGCAGAGAGACUUCACAGGGCUGCUCAGUAUAUUUAUCCACUGUGGUUAUAUUGGUGCAAUUUAAGGUACUCUUUCUCCCCACUCCCCUCCUGUGCUUUUGAUUUAUAUUUAGGAUUUUGUUUCUCAAAGAGGCCUGUGGAUGUUCAGAGACUAAAGGCUUUGUCCUGUCAUAUGAAGAGAUAUACAUACAAGCCUUGCAGGGCUGUUCUCCAGGCCGAUGGAUCCAGAAUUGUAUUCAGAGAUAAUGUUUGCAUUUUAACGCAUCGGUUGACAUAUCUGUUUCCCUCGAUGAACUCGUGGCUGUAAAAAGCCUGCUGUAGAGAUUGAGAUCUGCAUAUGAAGAAGUGAAAAAAGUUGAACAAUGGCUGAAGUAGUGCUUCUCAGAUUGUCUAGUGUGUGCUCUGUCUGUAACUAGAGAGAAGAAAAAAAGCACUGUUGUAAAAUGAACUUAAAGAAACACAUCUUCAGCUUCCUGUUCUUAAUUAGUCCACAGCAAUCAGAGGCACAACUUCCAUGAACGUUACAAAGAACGUCUGCAGAUUUAUUUUAUUUUAAUCUUUAAAAACUAUUAUUAACUGUACAUCUUGUUUGAUAAUAUUUUAAAAUUUAAAAGGAAAAAAAUCUCAUUCUCCUACACUCUGAUACAUGAGCUGGGACAGAAUACAGUAGAAUAGUGAUAUUGCUUUUGUAAUUAUUGUUAACAUUAAUUACCUUAUAUAAUAAACAUAUUCACUGUUUGUCAUAAUGUCAUUGUUUCAGGUCUCACCAGUUGCACUCCCUUGUUAGAACAACUUUCUAUUUUGAUCCAGGAAAUGGCACAGUACAACUGCUACAAGAAAGUGGGGAUACAAAAUGCCACUGAACUGGGAUUGUAACCAUUACCAAGCCUGUCCCCUAUGUUGCUGGUUGCUGAAUAUAUUUAUGAAUGGUAAAAGAUCGAGUUGAGCUAUGAAAGUUCCCAUGUGGACAACAUCUUCCACAAAAGACACACGUCAGGCAGGUGUGGGGCACUGGACAAAUGGAGUGCUUUGUACGUGCAAACAAACAGCAGGAUUGAAGGGACUCGAUAUGAGAACAGGACAUUCUGGUUUAAUUAUUUGAGCAAAAACAAUUUUAUACCUUUUAAAUAUGUUCCCCUUGAAAAGAAAGCAACAAAGAUUAAUUAUUAAACAAAUCGUUGGUUAUUUACA